AUGUCCUGGCAAGCAUAUAUCGACACCAGCCUGGUCGGGACUGGCCAUAUAGACAAGGCUGCCAUCAUCAGCGCCGCCGGCGACAGUGCGUGGGCCGCCUCUGGCGGCUUCCAACUCAAGCCUGAAGAGAUGAAGGCCAUUGCCGCCAUACUUAGCGGUGAUGAUGGCGCGAGGGACAAGGCCUUUACUGAGGGCCUCUUCAUCUGCGGUCAACGAUACGUCAUGCCUCGAGCCGAGGAUGGGAGUAUUUACGCCAGAUCGGGCCGACUCGGCGUCGCCAUUGCCAAGACCAAGCAGGCAAUCGUCGUUGGCCACCACGGAGAGACCCAGAUCGCCGGCAACGCCACUUUGACCGUCGAGGCCCUGGCCGACUACCUCAUCGGCCAGAGCUACUGA